AUGAAGAUUGCUACUAUUGAGCGUAUCACACAAGUUUCUACUCAUCCAGAUGCGGAUCGUUUAGAUCUAGUUCAUGUUCUUGGUUAUCAAUGUAUAACCCCAAAGGAUAAAUACAAUAUAAAUGAUUUAGUUGUCUAUAUUCAACCAGAUAGUGUUUUACCGUUAGACGAAGAAUGGUCACAAGAAUAUUUGAAAUACGCAAGGAUACGUGUAAAAGCAAUAAAAAUAAGAGGUGAAUGGAGUGAAGGUAUUAUUUUAUCCUUAGAUCUUAUACGUGCAGUAGUUCAAAAUAAUGGAUGUGGAGUACAAGUGACAGAAAAAGAAGGUGAAGAUCUGGCAGAAUUACUUCACAUUCAUCAUUAUGAACCAGUGAUUCCACAAGGACUUAAUGCAAUUGGGCAUUUACCAUUUGGAAUACCAGAAACAAAUGAAGAAAGAUGGGAAAAUUUGAUAAACGAUCUACCGUUUAAUCAAUUAGUGGAUGUGACGUUAAAAAUCGAUGGGCAGUCGUGCACUAUUUAUUAUAAUUAUCGAACAAAACAAUUUGGUGUUUGUGGACGAAAUUUUGAAUAUGAUUUAACAAAAACAAAUAAUUUUACACAAAUCGUUAAAAAGCAAAAUUUAGCAGAUCGUCUACGAGUAUAUUGUGAAAAGAAACAAAUAUCACUUGCGCUGAGAGGAGAAUUAUUCGGAUCUGGUAUUCAAAAUAAAUCGACAAAUUCACACAGUAAACAGCCAUUACAAUUGGCCAUAUUUUCUGUAUUUCUGUUAGAUCAAAAAAGACAUGCACGUAAGAAUGAUGGCGAACUUUACUUUCAUAAUUUAUGCAGAGAACUUGAAAUACAACAUGUACCAGUUUUAGAGGAAAAUGUUGAAUUGACUCAAGAAUUAAUCAAUAAAUAUUCAAAAGAAUUGAAACUAAUCAAUAACAAUCCAUUUGAAGGCGCAGUAGUACAAUAUGAACGUGGAUCAUUUAAAAUAAUUAAUAAACAUUACGAUUCAAAAAAUUAG